UGAGCAUUAAAGUAAUUAGGGUGGCGCGCUGUGGAAGGUUAUUCAUUACAGUGGGUUUCUCCCAAAGUUGUCCUAUAUUUGCUAAUUACUACAGAAAGCGACUACUCAAGUCAAGGAAGGUUUUUUGCAUCUUCGUGAUUCCGGCAUUUAGCACAGAAGAUUCCAAUCUAAUCUCGACAAAUUCAACUUAACUUUAUCCUUUCAAGGAUCCAUUCGUGAGUAAAAUCCAAACGCGUAAAGAAGAUGGUUGAGGUUAACGAUGGUCGCCAUUUUAAAAAUCCUUACCACGAUUAUAUGCCUGGAGACCAGCUUAAAGUGGGAGAUACAAACAUCCCAAACAAAAUUGUCGAACUGUUAAAUGUUCUGAAUUCGAAUUUCGAGAAGUUGUCGUCGUCUGACGUAUCAAUGUACACGGGCUUGUCAGGUGUUGGACUAUUCUACAAUUUCCUAUCACAAUGCAAAUGUGAAUUAUUAGACAGAAAGAUACGUGAAAAUGGUGUUGUAUGUACUGAGAAAUUGUUAAAUCGAUGUCUACGUCACAUAAACUUAAAAGAGUUAUCUAAAAAUAUCAGUGUUUACACUAGCCCGAUCGGCCCACUGUGUUUAGGUGCUUUAUCAUCAGCCAAGCAUGGAAGUGAGAAUACAGAGGCAAAGAAGUUCGUAGAAGACAUUUUGUCGGCGAGUAAAUAUGGCUUGGAUGUGGACUGUGGGAUGCCUGAUGAAGCGUUAUAUGGACGUACUGGCUAUCUAAAUUGUUUGAUAACACUUCGAGAAAAUAAUUUCGACAUCCCUGUUUCUGUUGUCUCGUCGGUAUGUGUUUGUGUAUUUGUUACUGCUUUUGAAGUGUUUAUUAAUGAAUUGUUUGUGCUUGAUUGUGCAGAGGUGAAUUACUAGAGAAGUGAAUGGAAAUGUUUGUUGCUCCAGUGUUGUUCUAGAUAAUUUGUCGGUUUAUGAAACUGGUUCAGUUGAAUAAUCCUUACAAUGAUGUGUUUGUGUCCACGGCACCACAGGCGAGUUAUUGCAAUGCAUGGUAUAAAUCCGAUUCUCAUGACCAAUACUAAUCGUUGAACCACAAUCAUCCGUUCUACGUUCCAUAAAAAUAUUCAAGUGACUCAUACUGUAACGUUUUACUCAUCUUUUCAAGUAUUAUCUCUUGUGAUUGUUUGUGCAUAAAGUUACGGCCAAACCAAAACGUGGCAUCAGUGCUUGAAGUCACUAACUUCUAGUCUGAGCCAUGCUGGUAGAUGCAGACUACUUGGUUGGGGUCCGCGUGACUAUCGUAACCAAUGGUUGGAGACUCUUGGUAACAUGGCUCAGAAUCGAU